AUGUCCUCGACCAGCGAGGCCAGUCCCGGUAACUGGAUCACCGGUAGUUAUACCGGGAACAGCAUCGGGGUGCGCAUCACCAUCGGCACCUUUGUUUGUGUCGCGUGGUACAAUGUUAUCGAGCUGAUCGUGCUCAUUUUCUUGACCUUCAAGCGGUUCCAGGGUCCCUAUUUUUGGAGUAUGUUAAUUUCGGCUGUCGGCAUUCUUCCUUACUCGGUCGGGUAUUUGAUGAAGUUUUUCGAUCUUACUUCCGCUACUUGGGUCCCGGUUACGCUGCUUACUGUCGGCUGGUGGGCGAUGGUUACGGGUCAAUCAUUUGUGCUGUACUCGCGGUUGCAUUUGGUUAUUGAGAACCAGCGCAUUCUACGCCUGGUUAAGGGAAUGAUUAUCAUGAAUAUCUUCCUCUUGCAUGUUCCGACCACCGUGCUUACCUAUGCUGCCAAUUUCUCGGGUUCCUACGCGUCGAUCGCGGGGUAUGAUAUUAUGGAGAAGAUUCAACUUACUGGAUUCUGUGUUCAAGAAGUUAUUAUCUCCAGUCUGUACAUGUGGGAGACAAAUCGCAUGCUACAGUCGAAUACCGAUCGUGGUAGUCGCAAGACUAUCAUGCAGCUGCUCGCCGUCAACGUCUCUUGUAUCUUGAUGGAUAUCGCCCUCAUGGUUAUCGAGUUUAUGAACUUCUACAUCUACCAGACGACACUCAAGGCUACGCUGUACAGUGUCAAACUCAAGUUGGAAAUCGCCGUCUUGGGUAAGCUGGUUAAGGUUGCUCAUCAACAUCUCUGGCGAUCUAAUACCGAGCGUGGUCAAUACCCCUCAUUUGUUGACCCCACCCGCAUCGAAUCUGACUUCAACCAUCCUGAAUCUUCGCUUGGCACAUAUCAGGGUUUCAAGGGUCGUACAUCUCCGUUUGAGGCCAUUGACUGUGACGAUGUGACAUAA